GCAGAGUGCAGUGGGCUCUGGUGGAGGUCGGGAGAACUGCAGGGCGAAGGCCGCCGGGGGCUCCGCGGGCUGCCGGGGGGAGGCACUUGACACCGGCCCGGGGAGAGGAGGGGCCGCUGUCCCUGCGGCCAGUGCUGGAUGCGGGGACCCAGCGCACAGGCAGCGCCAGGUGGAGCCGCUGGAAGCCCAAACCCACGGGCAGCCCGAGGCAGCGUUUCACUGGAGUCUCACUCGGCACCGGGAUCUAUGUCUAAGUUUUAACUCUUGCUUACAAAGACCACGAUAAUUCCUUCCCCAAAGCCCAGCAGCCCCCCAGCCCCGCGCAGCCCCAGCCUGCCUCCCACCGCCCAGCUUCCCGCAAUGCCCUCCAGCGGCCCCGGGGACACCAGCAGCUCCGCUCCGGAGCGGGAGGAGGACCGCAAGGAGGGAGAGGAGCAGGAGGAGGCUCGUGGCAAGGAGGAGCGGCAGGAGCCCAGCACAACUGCACGGAAGGUGGGGCGGCCUGGGAGGAAGCGCAAGCACCCCCCGGUGGAAAGCAGUGACACGCCGAAGGAUCCCGCGGUGACCUCCAAGUCCCCAUCCAUGGCCCAGGACUCAGGCUCCUCAGAGCUGUUACCCAACGGGGACUUGGAGAAGCGGAGUGAGCCCCAGCCAGAGGAGGGGAGCCCCGCUGGGGGGCAGAAGGGCGGGGCCCCGGCAGAGGGAGAGGGUACAGCUGAGACCCCGAUCGAAGCCUCCAGAGCUGUGGAGAAUGGCUGCUGCAUCCCCAAGGAUGGCCGAGGAGCCUCCGCAGAAGAGGGCAAAGAACAGAAGGAGACCAACAUCGAAUCCAUGAAAAUGGAGGGCUCCCGGGGCCGGCUGCGGGGUGGCUUGGGCUGGGAGUCCAGCCUCCGCCAGCGGCCCAUGCCGCGGCUCACCUUCCAGGCGGGGGACCCCUACUACAUCAGCAAGCGCAAGCGGGACGAGUGGCUGGCACGCUGGAAAAGGGAGGCUGAGAAGAAAGCCAAGGUGAUUGCAGUAAUGAAUGCUGUGGAAGAAAACCAGGGCUCGGGCGAGGCUCAGAAGGUGGAGGAGGCCAGCCCUCCUGCUGUGCAGCAGCCCACUGACCCCGCAUCCCCCACUGUGGCCACCACACCUGAGCCCGUGGGGGCCGACGCUGGGGACAAGAAUGCCACCAAAGCAGCCGAUGAUGAACCGGAGUACGAGGACGGCCGGGGCUUUGGCAUUGGGGAGCUGGUGUGGGGGAAACUGCGGGGCUUCUCCUGGUGGCCAGGCCGCAUUGUGUCUUGGUGGAUGACGGGCCGGAGCCGAGCAGCUGAAGGCACUCGUUGGGUCAUGUGGUUCGGAGACGGCAAGUUCUCAGUGGUGUGUGUCGAGAAGCUGAUGCCGCUCAGCUCCUUCUGCAGCGCUUUCCACCAGGCCACCUACAACAAGCAGCCCAUGUACCGCAAAGCUAUCUACGAAGUCCUGCAGGUGGCCAGCAGCCGAGCGGGGAAGCUGUUCCCAGCAUGCCAUGACAACGACGAGAGUGACACUGCCAAGGCUGUGGAGGUGCAGAACAAACAGAUGAUCGAAUGGGCCCUUGGAGGGUUCCAGCCCUCUGGCCCCAAGGGCCUGGAGCCACCAGAAGAGGAGAAGAACCCCUACAAAGAAGUUUACACAGACAUGUGGGUUGAACCCGAGGCAGCUGCUUAUGCACCACCCCCACCAGCCAAAAAGCCCCGAAAGAGCACAACUGAGAAGCCCAAGGUCAAGGAGAUUAUUGACGAACGCACAAGAGAGCGGCUGGUGUACGAGGUGCGGCAGAAGUGCCGGAACAUCGAGGACAUUUGCAUCUCUUGUGGGAGCCUUAAUGUCACCUUGGAACACCCUCUCUUCGUCGGAGGAAUGUGCCAAAACUGCAAGAACUGCUUCCUGGAGUGUGCUUACCAGUACGAUGACGACGGCUAUCAGUCCUACUGCACCAUCUGCUGUGGGGGGCGUGAGGUGCUCAUGUGCGGGAACAACAAUUGCUGCAGGUGCUUUUGCGUGGAGUGUGUGGACCUCUUGGUGGGGCCGGGGGCUGCCCAGGCAGCCAUUAAGGAAGACCCUUGGAACUGCUAUAUGUGUGGGCACAAGGGCACCUAUGGGCUGCUGCGGCGGCGGGAAGACUGGCCCUCUCGGCUCCAGAUGUUCUUCGCCAAUAACCACGACCAGGAAUUUGACCCUCCGAAGGUUUACCCACCUGUCCCAGCUGAGAAGAGGAAGCCCAUCCGGGUGCUAUCUCUAUUUGAUGGAAUUGCUACAGGGCUUCUGGUGCUGAAGGACUUGGGCAUUCAGGUGGAUCGCUACAUCGCCUCGGAGGUGUGCGAGGACUCCAUCACAGUGGGCAUGGUGCGGCACCAGGGGAAGAUCAUGUACGUCGGGGACGUCCGCAGCGUCACGCAGAAGCAUAUCCAGGAGUGGGGCCCGUUCGAUCUGGUGAUUGGGGGCAGUCCCUGCAAUGAUCUCUCCAUCGUCAACCCGGCCCGCAAGGGACUCUACGAGGGCACUGGCCGGCUCUUCUUUGAGUUCUACCGCCUCCUGCAUGAUGCGCGGCCCAAAGAGGGAGAUGAUCGCCCCUUCUUCUGGCUCUUUGAGAAUGUGGUGGCCAUGGGCGUUAGUGACAAGAGGGACAUCUCGCGAUUUCUCGAGUCCAACCCUGUGAUGAUUGAUGCCAAAGAAGUGUCAGCUGCACACAGGGCCCGCUACUUCUGGGGGAACCUUCCUGGUAUGAACAGGCCGUUGGCAUCCACUGUGAAUGAUAAGCUGGAGCUGCAGGAGUGUCUGGAGCACGGCAGAAUAGCCAAGUUCAGCAAAGUGAGGACCAUUACUACUAGGUCGAACUCCAUAAAGCAAGGCAAAGACCAGCAUUUCCCUGUCUUCAUGAAUGAGAAAGAGGACAUCUUAUGGUGCACUGAAAUGGAAAGGGUAUUUGGCUUCCCUGUCCACUAUACCGACGUCUCCAACAUGAGCCGCUUGGCGAGGCAGAGACUGCUGGGCCGGUCGUGGAGCGUGCCGGUCAUCCGCCACCUCUUCGCUCCACUGAAGGAAUAUUUUGCUUGUGUGUAAGGGACAUGAGGGCAGACUGAGGUAGUGACACAAGUUCAAACAGACAAACAAAAAAAUAAAACACAACAAAACACCAAGAACAUGAGAAUGGAGAGAAGUAUCAGCACCCAGAAGAGAAAAAGGAGUUUAAAACAACCACAGAGGCGGAAAUACCGGAGGGCUUUGCCUUGCAAAAGGGUUGGAUGUCAUCUCCUAAUUUUUCAAUGUUAAUCUUCAGUCCUAUUUAAAAACAAAUCCAAGCUCCCCCCCCGUUUUUUUUUGGUUAAACAUUUUGUUUUCUACUCUUUUCAGAGGGGUUUUCUGUUUGUUUGGGUUUUUGUUUCUUGCUGUGACUGAAACAAGAGGGUUUAUUGCAGCAAAAAUUGGUAACAAAAAAUAGUAACAAUACCUUGCAGAGGAAAGAUGGAAGAGAGGAAAAAAGGAAAUUCUAUAGAAAUCUAUAUAUUGGAUUUUUUUUUUUUUUUUUUUUUUUUUUUUUUACUAUAUAUCUUUUUUGUUGUUGUCUCUAGCCUGAUCAGAUAGGAGCACAAGCAGGGGACGGAAAAUAGAGACACUCAGGGGGCAGUAUUCCCUCCCAGCCACUGAGCUGUCUUGCCAGCACCAUUCCUGGUCAUGCAGAACAGAACCCAGCUAGCAGCAGGGAGACGAGAACAUCACACAAGACCCUUUUAUACAGUAUUUCAGGUGCCUACCACACAGGAAACCUUGAAGAAAAUCAGUUUCUAGAAGCCGCUGUUACCUCUUGUUUACAGUUUAUAUAUAUAUGAUAGAUAUGAGAUAUAUAUAUAAAAGGUACUGUUAACUACUGUACAACCCGACUUCAUAAUGGUGCUUUAAAACAGCGAGAUGAGUAAAAACAUCAGCUUCCGCGUUGCCUUAUGUGCAAAGGGUUUUAACUGAGGAUGGAGAGAGGAGACAGCUUGAAGGUGGAUCAUUAUCGUGUGGGUUCUUUUCCCCUUGGUGUUGAACAAGGUGAAGGAGGAGAACUUGGGAACAGCAUUCUCCCGUUUCUCCCUGCCAAAAAAAAGGGGUAGUAAGAUGAGGUGGUCGGGACGGUGGAAAGCUGAGGUGGAAUUCAUCCAGGCUCACGCAAUAACCUUUUGAUUUUUCUCAAAAAGGAGACUCCCUCGGCAAGAUGGCAGGAUAAGGGGUCUCAUUCCCAAUUUCUCACAUUAGCCGAUUCGAGGGCUCCUUGUGGUGGGAUCAGAGAUAAUCCAGAGUGCGGGGAAAGUGACAGUUCAAACCCCACCUGGAGCAAAUAAAAAAACAUACAAAACGUA